UGGCCACACUGCCGUCAGCCGACGCCACGCUGCCGUGCGGCGAGGAAAGCGUCGUGAUGUGGCGCGGCGCGGCGGCGGCGCUGGGCCUGGGCCUGGUGGCCGCGUGGCUGCUGGGCCGCGGGUUCGAGCCCCGCGACCGCCUGCUCCGCGCCGCCCAGUUGGGCCGGUACCGGGGCGAGGCCGGGCAGCCCGGGCUCUACCUCGCCCUGCUGGGACGCGUCUUCGAUGUGGAACGCGGUCGCAAGCACUACGGGCCCGGCGGGGCCUACAGCGGCCUCGCGGGCAGAGAUGCCACCAGGGCCUUUGCCACCGGCGACUUCACCCCGACAGGGCUGGUGGACGACGUCUCGGGGCUGUCGCCUGGCGAGCUGCUGGCCGUCCAGAGCUGGCUCUCCUUCUACAGCAACAACUACAACGCCGUGGGGAAGCUGGUGGGCAGAUUCUACGAUGAAAAUGGGGCACCGACAGAAGCCUUAAGGCAGGCAGAGGCUGCAAUUGAGGAAGCUCUCAUGCUCAAAGCAGAAAGCGAGCAGAGGAAGCAGCAGUUUCCACCCUGCAACUCCGAAUGGAGCUCUGCUACGGGCAGCCGGUUCUGGUGCUCCAGAGAGAGCGGGGGAGUGAACAGAGACUGGACUGGGGUCCCCCGGAAGCUGUUCCAGCCUGGGUCGAAGGGGAGUCGCUGUGCGUGCGUGAGGACCACGGGGCCCCCGUGGGGGCAGCCAGCCGGCGGCCAGCACAGCGACAGAGGCGACCUGGACAACCCGCUCCUGCGGGAAUACGAGGGCUGCCCUCCGCUGGCCCAGCAGUGUGUCCUGAAGGCGUGAGUCCAAUGGCUGGAUCCAAGAGGGGCGCAGAGCCCCCCAGGGAAACGUGGCACUUGGGGUGAGCAGCUCUGACUCUGCUCCCUUCCCACUAGGCAAAGGGAGCCGUGACAAUCUUGUGUUAUUUGUCACACUGGAGAUGGAGAUGAGAGAAGGAGGAAAUACUUCAGCCAAGUUAGCAGCUAAAACAUCAGUAGUGGGGUUUUUUACUUUCUUAGUACUUUAUUCCUGUGGUAUUUUUACAUCUGGUAACAGAGAUGCACAACAUGAAUUAUAGUUAAAACUUCAUUUUUUGUGCAGUCAGGAAAUCAAGUGCCUGUGCACAUGGCAGCGAGUGUGAUGUGUUGUGGUUUCAGGCAGCACAAGCACUGGACGCACUUUCUGUGCAGUCCACCAGCUGCUCAAACCCUGCCUGCUGCAUCGUAGCGCUAAUGCUCCUUCCCAGUCACCUGAGUCACUCCCGAGAGUCUAAAGGUAUCAGGGAGAAGCCUAGAUUUCUCCUACAGAUUAUCUAGGAACCUGUGCAGUUCAGUUACAUGCAAGCUUCGCUUAACAAAUCCUUGCAGCACAGAAGUCAAAGGUCGCAGCCAUUUCCUCAUGUAGUGUUUGCAUGAGAUACCGUGCAAAGACGAUCCUGGAAGCCACCUCUGAGGAUCCCUGUUUUAUAUUAACCUCACAGUCCUGGGCCUCUGAUUUACUGCUUUCAAACUCCUCAGAUCAGGAAGUGGUAGUUUUAGACAGGCGAUAACAAGAGCUAUGUGGCAAUGUGGCCAUCUCGCUGUAAUCUGCCUCCUCUUUCCAUCCUGGUUUGCCGUCCUCCCAUUGGGUUCGCGUCUGCCGGGCUCUAACUCGAGGCUGGAUGGAUCCUCACAAAGCCCAGCGUGCCCUUAACAUCUGUGUUUUAUCACAGCUGGAAGACUCAGCCGUGCAAGUGGCCCCAAGC